CUUGGCAAAUAUUGUGAACAAAAUGAUGAAAUAUAUAUUGCUUUUUCUAUUCUUGGGACUUGGGGUUUUAUCAGUAAGAAGAGCAGGAAAUAGGUGCUGCUUUGAAAUUGAUGGUGAAACAAAAUGCUACCAAGUUGGCAAACUGUUUCUAAGUCCAUGGGAUUGCUGCAAUAAGUGCACAUGUGACAGUUCUGGGCUGUACAGCUGCACCGAAAUGGCUUGCGUGGGUCCAAAGCCUGGGAAAUGUCCCCAGGUUAAUGGUAAUCGUGACAAAUUUGGCAUCUGCAUACAUGAAUGCAACGAUGACAGAGACUGUGCAGGAUGCAAGAAAUGCUGUUCUAAUGGAUGUGGAAAUCAAUGUGUUGACCCAUUAUAA